AUGUUCAAGCCCCUGGAAUCGGAUCCGCCCCUUAUCGACAAAGGCGAUCCAGAGCGUCUAUCACCAGCCGCACUUCGCCUCGCAGACGACCAACCUGAUGAGUUUGUUAUAUACCUUCGUCGCGUCUGGGACACAAACAGACGGCAACUCCUCGAUUCGGCCAAGUUGUUGCAUCAACUGAGGCAGGUCAAGGUCUCUUGUCACGACCAACGUCUUCAUCCCCUUUCUGAGGCAUGGGUUCCUACAGAAAAUAUCAUCAGUAUUUGGUCACUACUCCUUUUGCCUGAGGAACGCUUCCGUUUCCUUAUACUUAAAGACCAGAAACUGAAACACGUGGAUCAUUCCUCAUGGAACUUCCUCAGGGAGAUCGGUUGCCAAUACGAAGCCGGCGACCAAUUCCUCACUGAUCUUCUGCUUACUAUCAAGAAAACAUGGCCAACAAAUGUCAAAGAUCCGGGACAUGUCCUUGGGAUCUACGCCUACUUCCUUCGUCGCCUGAAUCGUACGCAGCCAUACCCGGAUGGCACCUAUUACAAACUUCUAUCCGACGACAAACUUUGGGACAAUUUCAAUGCUUGCGAACUUCUCCUCUAUAAGGGCGAAUGGAUAAAACCCAGUUCAUGCUUUCUCCGUGCGCCAGAUUAUGUGCGUUCGAAGAGAGUCCUCACGCUAGCAGCUGGAACUGACGCAACCCCCCUUGAAACACUGGCGAUACGUCAUUUCUAUCAACUGGUUCUCUGUAUUCCGAACUUUCCUGACACCUGGGCUGCCAUCAUCGAUGAGCUGAGAGGUCUCCAGCGUUCCACCGGUCAAACAUCUAUUCAACAAGUGACUGAACUUUAUCGUGCUUUGAAUGAGCUCCAGUUAUCGGAACCAGAGAGAGUCACCAUACGGAAACUAUUCCUGCAGCACAGCUUGAUCGCCAUCGAGCAGGGUAGCGUCAUCGCGUGGCAAACUCAUCUCACAUAUAUUUGGUCGCCGCUCCACAAAAUUAGGAACUUGGCCGAGUUGAGUAGACCAUAUCCAUAUCUGAAGGACUUCUUCGUGGGCCUCCUCAAGCGAAUAUUUCUUGGAAAAUGGAACGGCGAAAAAUACCGCUUUGUUGGUUCCACGGAAGAGUUCUUUAUUCCUGAUGAUGAGGAGUUUGCGAACACAUUCAUGGACAAGCUCCCUCUCCUUGACAUAACCGCGGAAGAGAUCGCGCUUCUAGAUACGCUGUUCACGUGGCUGGGUUUCAAGGAUCGCUACUUGUCAAAGCUUGUCUACCGCAUGUGCUAUUCUCCCCCAGCUGCACAGAAGCAGAAGAUUGAAUGGGAUAUAGCGCAGAGGGCGGAAGGCAUUCUUCGAAUCGCCCUUCAUUGCGGUAGCCCCCGAACAACAACAGAUGUGGACAAGGGGACACUUCUGAACAUCUUGAAGAAGGGCGAAAUGCUUGCGGUCGAAGGCAUGCAGUCUGAGAAAGUUGUGCUUACCCGUCAAAAGGGUUCCAAGUGCCUGGGCACUGGGCCCAAUCACAAACACGGAUUGACGGCUCCGAGCACCCAUCCUAAGCUCGCUAUUGCCGUGGAUGAAGCAGGAAAUGCCAUGGAUAGACUCAUCUUACACGUCUCAUCUGAAAAGGAAGAGCGAGAUCUAGCACUCUUUACGUCACUCCCGCGCUGCUUGAUGAAAUGGCUCAUGGCAGAUCCGAAAACUCAACAAUGGGGAAUGGAAACUUUGUUGGGUGUGAGUCUCUUGAAGAGUGUACUGACUGCUCCACCAAACGUCAUUGAUGCCAUACUCACACGCGAGGGAGUUGGACGUGUUCGAGUGACUGAGGUCAAUCGGACGAUGACGCGUCAAGAGGUCGCUCCUCAGAACACAGCAUCAAACGAGCCUGCUGAUCAGCCAUCCCAGUCUAGAUCCGAGGACGCACCACCAGCCAACACUCCCACAGAGACAUCGGAGAAAGCGCUUGCAAAGCAGCCGGCAACCCCAGUCAGAUCCAGCCAACAACCACAAUCAGCUGCAGGCCCCAGCAGCGCAAGGGGAUCACAAGAGACGACACCCCAAGCAGAACAGCUUCAGUCAACCUCAGGGGGACACGCCGAACCCUCGUCCAGUAACAUAAAGACGCCGUUAAAGGACGAUCCAGUUCUUAGCGGGAAAGAGGACGUAUACAAACCCCGAUACGCGUCUAUAAGCCAGAGGCCCAAACUCAAACCCAGAUUACGAAAGCGGCCUGGCUCACCAUCAUCCAGCCCACCAGCGACUUCGCCCUCGAGUCAAAUCCCAGAUGAUGUAAUUCGUGGAAUAGAGAGACUGAGGAUUGCAGACACAUCUGAGGUGACUCUUUAG